ACUGGUGUUUGUUAUGAAAAGAAUGUCAAAAUAAAUUUUAUUAAAACUUUUUAAUUUGAACUUUGAGUUGAAUAAUUUAGAUAACUGAAAUUAAUGUUCUGUUUAAUAAUGAUAGUUUAAAACAAGUUUUCACUGUUGUCAUGUUUUAGAAAUAUUUCCUUAUUCGCCAUUCAUUUACAUUACGAUUUUUCAGAAAUAUUUUAAAUUGAAGAUGGCACAUAGUAAUUGUAUUUUCUGUAAAAUCUUAACUCGUGAAGCUCCAGCAACAAUAUUAUUUGAAAACGAUGAAAUUAUAGUAUUUGCAGACAUCAAACCAGCUGCCAAACAUCACUUCUUGGUUGUACCAAAAAAUCAUAUACCUAGCAUUAACUCUUUAGUUUCUCAAGAAGAUAAAUUGUUAAUUGAAAGAAUGGUACAAAUUGGUAAAAAGGUUCUAGAAGAUAAUGGAGGUGAUGUAAAUGAUGUAAGACUAGGAUUUCAUUGCCCUCCUUUUAAUUCAAUAAGUCAUCUUCACCUCCAUGUAAUAUCACCUGCAUCAGAAAUGGGAUUUUUCAGUAGAUUGGUAUUUAAACCAAACACCUAUUGGUUUCAAUGUGUGGAUGAUACUUUGACACGGUUGAAUAAUAAAUUAUAAGCUUAUUUUGUCAAUUACAUGACGUUUUUAUUAAAUUUUUAAAUUGUAAUGUGAAUAUUCUAAAAAAAUGAU